ACAGUGAGGCCGAAGCUGCGAAAAUCGGAAAUGGCGUCUCCUUCUUCCGCGAAGAAACUUCUGCUACUGAGAAGAACAAUAUGGAGAGCUUUCAGGCCUCCGCUUCCGUCGUUCUCUGCAACACGACGGUCGUAUCUGUUUUCUUCAUCAUUGUCUUCUAUGUAUAAUUAUGUUCUAGAACCUUCGAGUUUCAGCUCCAAAUCAUUUGUGAUUAACCCUUCUAGUAGCUUCUGUUCCCAGACGCCUCCUCUCAAUGAAGGAUCUCAAGGUCCGACCACCAUCGAUUACCGUUUGCAGCUGGCAGAAGAUGAGUAUCACAGACUUGCUAAUUCCACUAUCCAUGACCUUCUUGAGAAGUUGGAGGAAUAUGGUGAUUUAGUAGAUAUUGAUGGUUUUGAUGUUGAUUAUGGGAAUGAGGUUCUGACAUUGAAGCUUGGUAGUUUGGGAACCUAUGUAAUAAACAAACAAACACCUAAUAGGCAAAUUUGGAUGUCAUCGCCAGUGAGUGGUCCAUCGAGAUUUGAUUGGGACCAGAAUUCGGAAGCCUGGAUUUACAGGCGAACCAAAGCAAAGUUGAACCAAGUUUUAGAAACAGAACUGGGAAACCUCUGCGGGAUGCCCAUCAAACUAAGUUAAGUUAUCAACGACCUCCCUGUCUUCCUUCAUCAUCACUAACCUUCAUGUUCAAUCUACCUGGUUGUGUGUCCGGGCUUGCUUGGACUGUAAUUCCACAAUCAGUGUUACUUGGUUCCAACAAGAUGCCCUUGUUACAUGGGCCCUGGUAGAGUACAAGGAUAUGUUGCUGUACUAAAAUAACCAAAAGAGCCCCCGCUCAACGGGCGUCGGUUUGAUCUAAAUUUAUGUAAUUGUUACGGAGUAAUUUGUUUGUAUAAUAACCAAAGAAACAGAAACCAUGCUGAAAAGACUCCACUAGUUGUUAGCUUCACAGCUCAGACAACACAAUAAAAUCAUUACUUCUGCCACA